AUGACUCUGGAAAUCGAAGCUCGAGAUGUGAUCAAGAUUGUACUUCAAUUCUGCAAAGAGAACUCGCUGCAUCAGACUUUCCAGACUCUGCAGACCGAGUGCCAAGUUUCGCUGAACACAGUGGACAGCAUCGAGACUUUUGUCGCUGAUAUCAAUGGCGGGAGGUGGGAUGCCAUAUUGCCUCAGGUGGCUCAGUUAAAGCUUCCGAGGAAUAAAUUAGAGGACUUGUACGAGCAGAUUGUGUUAGAAAUGAUAGAGCUUCGUGAGUUGGACACUGCAAGGGCCAUAUUAAGGCAAACUCAGGUCAUGGGAGUCAUGAAACAGGAACAACCUGAAAGAUAUUUGCGACUUGAGCAUCUCCUUGUCAGAACUUACUUUGAUCCUAAUGAGGCUUACCAAGAUUCAACAAAAGAGAAGCGCCGUGCACAAAUUGCCCAAGCGCUUGCUGCCGAAGUUAGUGUGGUUCCACCUUCAAGAUUAAUGGCUCUAAUUGGGCAGGCACUAAAGUGGCAACAGCACCAAGGGUUACUUCCACCUGGGACACAGUUUGACCUAUUUCGAGGUACUGCUGCUAUGAAGCAAGACGUAGACGACAUCUAUCCAACAACACUUUCACACACUAUUAAGUUUGGAACAAAAAGUCAUGCAGAAUGUGCUCGGUUUUCACCUGAUGGCCAGUUCCUUGUCUCAUGCUCCGUUGAUGGCUUUAUCGAGGUGUGGGACUAUAUGAGCGGAAAGCUCAAGAAGGAUCUUCAAUAUCAGGCUGAUGAAACCUUUAUGAUGCAUGAUGACCCUGUCCUCUGUGUUGAUUUUAGCCGUGAUUCUGAGAUGCUUGCUUCUGGUUCACAAGAUGGGAAGGUGAAAGUUUGGCGUAUAAGGACAGGCCAGUGCUUACGUCGCCUUGAACGUGCACACUCUCAGGGUGUCACGAGUUUGACAUUUUCACGUGAUGGUAGUCAGCUGCUGAGUACCUCCUUUGAUAACACAGCCAGGAUUCAUGGCCUAAAAUCUGGGAAAAUGUUAAAAGAGUUCCGUGGCCAUUCUUCUUUUGUAAAUCAUGCCAUCUUCACGAGUGAUGGGACGCGUGUCAUUACUGCUUCUAGUGAUUGUACAGUCAAGGUUUGGGAUGUAAAGGGUGCAGAGUGUAUACACACAUUUAGGCCCCCACCACCAUUGAGGGGGGGUGAUGCAUCUGUCAACUCUGUCCAUCUCUUCCCCAAAAACACUGAUCACAUUGUUGUAUGUAACAAAACGUCAUCAAUAUGUAUAAUGACACUACAAGGGCAGGUUGUGAAGAGUCUCUCAUCCGGUAAAAGAGAAGGUGGAGAUUUUGUAGCGGCCUGUGUAUCACCUAAAGGGGAUUGGAUCUACUGUGUUGGUGAGGAUAGGAAUAUGUAUUGCUUCAGCUACCAAUCGGGUAAAUUAGAGCAUCUAAUGAAGGUUCACGAGAAGGAAGUGAUUGGUGUGACACACCACCCCCACAGGAAUCUUAUUGCUACUUACAGCGAUGACUGCACCAUGAAAUUAUGGAAGCCCUGA